AUGAGCGGAGAUGCAGAUGGUAAAUGUAAUACAACAGAACACCGGCUUCUGAAGCAUCCCUCUCCCGACGAUCUCACGGCUUCAAAAAUCCUUGCCGGUAUCACCGCAGAAUCGAUCCCGUUGCCCGACACUCAAUUCAUUCGUCGCGUUCUGGAAAACUCUCGUCGCGCGAAAUCCAACAAAAAGAAUGAUCCCCCGCGACCACCCAAUGCAUUCUUUCUGUUUCGCAAUGCGUUGCACACGCAUCUCUCUGCGCACAACCUGAAGGUCCCUCAGGUUUCCUCCGCAGCGGGUAGAUUGUGGGAUUGCGCGGAGGAGGAGACAAAAAGUCAAUAUACGCGGCUGCAAGAAAUCGCAAAAGUUUUACACCUGGAGAUGCAUCCGGGUUACGUUUACCGCCCGAGAAAGAGCAGUUUGAAUGCUCACCAAGAUGGCAAGAAGGAUGAGGGUCGAAACGUUGCGCAGAUGCGAGAAGAGAUACGGGAAGUUGGCAAGAACGAAAUUGAGAAUGAAGUAGAAUGUAUAGUCGAAGGCGCAGGGGAACGGAAAGGGCGAAGAAAUUCCCGAAAGGGCAUGACCGCGAGAAGUUGUUCUCAACCGAAUACCACGAAUUUCAGUAUGAUGAAUCGAGUGCCACUGCUUUCUUCUCCCUCUUCAUCCACGAACUCUUCGUUAACCUCCUCCGCACCCUCCUCCCCCGAAAAAUCUUCGCCCAAACAACGAUUUAAUCUUCACAACAACAGAGAAAAUCCUACGAAUUUAUCAAGCUCUUUUGGUUCUCGUGUUGGCGACAACACCACCAUGGAUAACUUCAGCUCGCGUAAUCCUGUUGACAAUUUUGACUCGAGUGUCGAGAACAAAAUUGAUAAUAAUUUGCGCAACGAUCGUGAAAAACACAUGAAAUUUCGCGCGCGACGCGAACUACAUCCACAAAAUUCCGAAUUCUCUCAAGAACCUUUGUCACUGCAACCCCUUUCGUACAAUAGAAGCCAUAGCGGAAGCGACAUUCUCAAUCGCCAGUACCAGCCUACCGCGUUCAAACUACAACCUACAUCGCCCACAACCUCCUUCAAUUUCUCGAGCCUCAAUUUGUCAUCACCCCAAAGUCGACCCCUGCCACACAUGCCCUUUGGCUAUUCUCUCGGCGGUGACGGCGGUGGUGGACUUGAAAGAAAGGAUAACAGAAGAGCUUCGAUGACUGCACACUUGAAGCCCAUGACGCGAAGAGAAAAAGUUGCGAAAGUUGGGUGUGAUUCGAAUGAAAUUAUAUACGCGCGACCAAUGAUCCUCAAUAAUGACGGCGCCACCUCGAUAUCGCGGUCAUCCAACCCCUCCCCGACGCCUUUCGAAGCAUCAGCGGCUUCUACCCUUCACACUCUUCUCCCAUCGUCCGCCGUCUUCCCUCGAUCAGUUCACUCGUCAUUCUUAAAUCACCAUCCUCAAAUAAUCACGUUCGACCAGAGUCAACCUGAUUUCUCACAAUUACAAGGGCAUCAGUUGCACCUGCCCGCCAACGAUUUUUCUCCGCAAAACUCGAUAAACAUGGAGGUCACCCAACCUUUCCAUUAUUUUUAUCAGCAUCAACCACCAUCACCGCAUCACCGAACACAUCUCGUAGACCAUGCGUUAACCAACACGCUAAAUCAUGAGUAUGAUGAGGAUCUCGUCGACGGCUAUGAUGAUGAAGACAUUAUUCUUGAGGAUUGUAAAAAUAAUUUCAACAAUUUUCAAAACUCUUCUCAUCAUCCAAUAUAUUCGGCGAUGUCGUCGUCAUCAUCGCAAUCUGCAGCGGCGUCCGUCAACGUGAUUUCGACGUCUAAAAUUUCGUCACCAAUCGACUCAUUUCCGUUUAUCAAUCAAAGGCUUCCAUCCGACAAUUCAAACAUUCCCGAUUCCACCACAUUUGACUCUGCAAAUUCGGGUGGUGAUAAAAUCGGUGAUGAGAGAUUGAGUGAUCCCGGGGAAUUGGAUUUGACGAAUGUCAGUCAAGCUUCGUUGCUGCUCACGAAACCCAUAGAAGACAGAACCAAAGAGUCCUAUGAACACAUCAACACAGGUGAAAACGAGAGAGGACGUGAUCGACGUCAAAACGGCGGAGAGGAAUGUUUUGAGGACGAAAUCGGGAUUCACGGAGAUGGGGAGUUCUUGACGGUUGGCGCCACAACAACCAAUCGUACGGGAAUUUACCUGAACCUAAUGGGUUGCAUGCAGAAACAAGAUUAUCAACAACAGCGGCUUCAUCAGGCACACCCACAAUAUAACCAACCCCAGCAAACACAUCAGCAAGACGAACAGUAUAGUGAAUGGAUCAAUUGGAGUGAAAAUUUGCAAUAA